GUGAGUUUUUUAGAUUCGCUUCACUUGUUCCCACGACCAGCGUAUUUACCGAUUAUGCCUUACUACGAGGUCGAUAUUCCACAACAGGAAGGAAAAUUUUUCGGCGUAAUGGCAGCCACUCGAUAUGAAACCAUUACUGUCAGAGAAACCGUGCGUCCGGUAUGCUUGUAUGUUGAUGGGAACGUGCCGUCUUGCGAUCACGUGAUCCACAGCAAUCAUAAGAACCGCCCGCAGAAAGUUCCUGGACCAGCCAAUUCUCGGCGUCCACCGGUCGUCGAUUAUGAGACGUAUUUCAUUGAACCUAGCAAACCGAAUGCGAAAAUCGAGAUAACCGAAAUACCAUACAGGGGCGCGUUCCUGUUGACGGACGCUACGGUGGAGGCGGACGGUCAACUUCAAGCAGCCGAAGAAGACGCGUCCGAGGCGGUGGGCCACGAGACGCCGGCGCUGCAGCAAGCCGUCCGGCCAGUGGCGGAGGACGUGCAGGAGCGGCGCACCGCCGCUGCCGCGCACGCGGACCGACGGCAGCUUCUGCAGAACGCGUUCGGAGCGGCCAGCGCGGCCGUCGCCGCCGGCGUGGCCAACGUGGGCGGCGUGGUCGGCAUGGCCGGCGCGGUGGCCAACGCGGCCGUUGGCCGGCAGCAGGUCACCGUGUACGUGACGCGCGUGGACCGCGUGGUCGACGAUCGGAUCACGGCCACGCUGGUGCCCAAGAACUGCAUGCCCGCCCGCGUGGACGCGUUGAGGCGGUGCAACGGCGCGGUCGAUCCGUACUCGGCCGCGCUUCCGGAACCCGCGUACAUGCUGCCGCAGCAGCCGGCGUACAUGCAGGACGAGCCCGCCGUGGCCGUGGACAUCGUGUCAAAGGUCGGCGGCCUCGUCCGGGACUUUGUCCACGCUCAGUCCGUCGCCACGGGCGGCGGCGGUGGCCUGCGCCGUUACCGGCGUGCUCCCGAAACCGACGUCAUCGCUCGACAGCCACAAUAA